AUGUUUACAAGAGUACCAAUUAUGGAUAACGACGGAGAAGCCUAUACGAUACGGAUGUUUGAUAAACUUUGUGAGUUGGUCAAAUGUCUUCAGCGUCAAUUAACAAAGGUUCAAAUUCUAUUAAUCGGUUUCCGCCCUUUUAUUCCCUUUAAAAAGGCUUCAUUUGAGGAUAAUAUUGCCAAGGAAAUUACGUUUCAUUUCAAACACCAAGAGGCAUAUUCUCUGGUAAAAAUUACCUCACCGAGAAAGAAUACAGUAUUAAACAAAGGAAAGGUAGAUAGUACAAAUAAUAGCAUGACUGAGACCACAGGAACUUGCAAGACCAAUAGAUCGGAUGGAGGCACAUUACUGAAUUUGAUCAUUACUCAACCUGCGAGUAUCCUUAACCCAGUAAUAAGCAGUGUAAUAGGUGUCUUUAUAUUCCAACUACAAUAUUCACUUAUUGCGAUAUCCCCUAAUGAUUAUGGAUUUGGGGUAAAAGUUAUGUCUACAUCCAAACUGGCAGUAAUGUUUUUAUCAACAAAUAAUGGAUGCCUCAACAUAAAUAAUAGUCUAACUCAAACGACAGGAUCGUACGUCAUUAGAAUAGAACCUGAGAACUGGAAAGCGAUUGGAUUAAUUGGGUACAGCUAUGAUAAUCAUAUCAAUAAGAGCUUGGAUCAAAAGGCAUGGUAG